UCUCUUUGUAUAUAAAGGACUGUGAGUCGUCUCGAUUUCAGCCUACCGAUUUUUUAGAACUAAAUCUAUAAUCUCACCAUUACAACUACUAUUAAAUAUUUUAAUCUCUUUCUAAUAAAACUACCUUUUCAAAAUGUCUUGGCGUGGCGACGACAACCAGCAGCAGCAAUACGGCUCUGGCCGUGACAACACUGACAACUUUGGCUCCACAGGAGACCAAUUCGGAUCCGGAGGAGACACUUACGGCUCGGGCAAUCGCCGUAACGAUGAUACUUCAUUCGGUUCUAGUGGCCAAGGUCAAUCCUUCGGCUCGGGCAACGACACCUACGGCUCCAGUGGCAACUACGGCUCCGGCAAUGACACGUAUGGAUCUGGAAACACCGGAUUAAGCAGUGACACAUAUGGCUCCGGAAAUCGUCGUAAUGAUGAUUCUACUUUCGGCUCCAGUGGCCGCCAAGAUGACUCGUAUGGCUCAUCGAACACAUAUGGCCAAGGCGGCGACUCGUAUGGUUCCUCUGGAAACCAACAAUCCUCGGGCUUCGGCUCCUCUGACACCUCUGGAAACACGCGUCAAGGCGGCGGCGGCCAAGGUCUGUUUGAGAAGGUGAAGGAUAAGAUGCACAUGGGAAGCGGCCGGAACCAAGGCGGCGAUAACUACUAGGCAGUAGAGAUUGCAUGUAAUGGAUUAAGUCAAAUGAUGUUGAUGUAAUAGUUUUGAUUUGAUAAUCACACAUCAGAAUGAAUGUGAAACGCAGGACAUUGGAUAUUUGUGCUCUUAAGGGCAAUGAAAACCGAAAAGGGACAAACAAAGAACAAUUAUAUGAAGAAGGCGGCUACAAACUAUCUACUGUCUUAUCGUCUACGUUGAAAGCCUUUCUAUCUUGACCAGUAAUGCUCCGUCUGUUGCAGCUCCCUUCGUAUUCCUCAAAUGGACAAAUCUAUACCCCUGGCCAAGACGAUCGAGGCGCACACACGCCCACGCCGCUAGUUCAUCCCUGCCAAUCUCAUCAUCUCGUAUC